GUAAUUCGCUCGCUAGGCGAUCGGACGCGAUUUCUCCGUACGCGAUCUCCUCAUUCCCAUUCCCAUCGAGAAUGAUCGCGACCAUUCUUGCGCGCUCGGCCAAUGAAUAAAGAGAGAGAGAGAGAGAGAAAGAGAAAGAGACAAGUUGCCCCAUCUGUUGUUUCUAGGUCGUCGUGAUGGACGCGUAUCACAGGCAAAAACAGCAAAAAGGCAAUGGCGGCCACUCGUUGGACGGUCAAUGAGCUCACCGUUAAAAACCUCGGAAAAAUGUGAUCUCCACGUUCACGGACGACGAGCGCAAAUUCGAGGUGUGGCCUGAGUAGGCUGAGGUAGUGUUGCCUGCGAAGGUAGAGAUGGCACAGGGUAUGUGCAGGCAAUGGCCGAUAGACGGAUGGACCUGUUGUCGAAUCAACUAGGCAACGAAUGGUGGUCGCUGGCAGGUCAGGUAGAAAGGUACGACAGCAGGCAGGAAGGAGUAAAUGAGCGAGCGCACCUAAGUAAUGAGCGAGACUCGGCAUCAUAUUCGCUCGGUCUCGGACUUAUACGCAGCCGACGAAAUAGAGGUGCUUCUGGAAGAGAUACGCGAUCUGGAAUCACCACCUGCCAUAUAUUCUAGACCAGAGGAUAUUCAGGACUUCGAAAUUGCAGGAAGUAGGACAGGGGAGCGAACCAGCUCCCAAUUGGAGCUGGAUUCGCCGGGGGUCCAUUCGACAGUCCACUCUUGGGAUUCGCACGCUAAUUAUCAUGGCCACUAUGAUAAUAGCGACAAGCAAGGCUCUGGAUCCAAUGUUCUGCCUUGGUCCCGGGCGAGCCACAUCGUUAUUUAUUGCGACAUACAGGGGCAUCUUAAAACAGCUACGGGUGUUUUUAGACUCUUAUUACUCGUAUCCUCCGCAGCUUGUUUGGCAACUUUAUGCAGUUCUGGCACUGCCAAGGUCAGCCUUUUUAUGCUGCCUUUAGUAGGACGUUUAAGAUUCAUGAUCUUUGUAGCUGUUUUCUGUCUCUUGAUCACUGCAUUACUUCUCUUCCUUGAUAUCUCGCACGUCAUUUACAUCCUUCCUUUAAAUUGGGCUAAGUUGAAUGCUUGGGUAUUCACUGGCAUAGGCUUGUCAUACGUGUUGAGUAGCGCAUUAGUAGCAUGCGCAAUAUGGGAGUACCACGUCGGAGGCUGGGUACCAAGACGCACACGUUCCCAACUGUCGAUCGCGGCAGCGCUAGGAUUCUCAUGUGCCCUAUUAGCAUUUGUACUUUCCUGUAUACACGGUCGCAGCGGAUCGGGCUGUAAGGGUCAGGAUUCCCGUAGUCACACCCCGACGCAACUUUACAAGCCCGUGGACAAUUCUUCCUCCUCCGGGGUCACACUGAAAGAACGUAGCCCCAAGAGACCCACCGGCUGGGCCGUGAAAAAUCAACAGUCGAAGAAACGCAACGUGGACAGCGACACGAACACGAGCAACGGCGGCCAUCGUGGCAGCAACCACGAGAAGUUCAAGCAAGGCCCCAGGAAGGACCACUGGGCCUCUGCCAGGCAGCACAUAUUAGGGACGCAGACGAAUAACGGGGAAGACAACGCGCAACGGGAGGAGCUCGAGGUCGAGAGGAGACGGAGAAGACGGAGGAAGGAGGGCGACAGUAGUUCGACCGGCGACGGGAACCCGCUAGGCAGUAGCAAGGUCGAAAUCGCCGCCCGCGUCACCGAGGAGGCCAAGACUAGGCGGGCGCCGCCGCGGAAGUUGCCUCUGCAGUCGGUGGAGCAGCCUCACUCGUGGUCCUCCGACGCCCAGCGUAGAAGUAGUGGAACUACACAAAUUAGAAGUAAAACUAUGCAGACGCCAGUGAACAAUGACGCACAGAAUUGUUGUGGCAUGAACGAGGGUGGUAGAUCAAUUCAAUUGACUCGAAACGGCCUCCACUGGGAGGCGGAACGUACGUCUAGCAGAGGCAUAGAGGAGGCUACUGACACGAACGUGGCCCGUAACGCCAUGUGGUCCGGACAGUGGCACCCACCACCAGAUGAUGUUCAACCUUGCUCUAGCAAAACUAUUGAUCCUUACAGCUUCGCCUGAUCGUCCUGUGAGAUACAAAAGGAGAAACAAGCACGCGUUAGAGUAGAAAAUGGACUUGUUCGGACCGAGCGAUUUUUGUGAACAUUUGUGACGGGUAUAGGCGGGAUUUUUUUACAAAGCAAGUACAUUCGCGCGUGUGUGUGUGUGUGUGUGUGUGUAUCUAUAUAUGUAUAUAUAUAUAUAUAUAUAUAUGUAUGUAUGUAUAUAUAUAUACAUAUAUACAUACCUUACGUUGAAACGUUUCCCCUUUUUAUUAGACUGUAACCGUAGUUCAAGUGUUACUUGUUACAUAAUUGAAAUCGUACCUCUCUAUAUAUUGUUUGCAUACAAACUUGCCUGACUUCUCGACACGAUAUUUUGUAUCUUGUAUUAAAAUAAUGCACAGUGACUGAAAAAGAGAGGAAGAAUCAUAUUUUGGUUUUUACACGUUUUCCAUCUGUGUUUUCCAGCUGUAUGUGAAACCGGAUGUGAUCUGAAAUGUAAAACGUAAGACAUGUAGAUUGUACACUUUACACACGCAACAGUUAAAAGGGAGGAAAGAGACCAUAGCUCGGAUUUACUAUGGGGUUUAUCAAGUCGUUAUCGAAUUUGCAGGACGAGCUCGUCGUGUCUAAAAAAGGUUUAAGAUCCUGUAUAAAAAAAAAGUUAUUGCUGCCUUGUACAUUUUGCUGCCAAGAGGAUACGUAGGUUUUCUUUAGUUGAUUCGGGUCCUGACGUUUUGCAUCACACAAAACCAGACUGCCCAACUUUGAUAAGCAAAUAACGCCACUCUUCAUUCCAAUCAUGUACCAAAUAAUAAAUCUAAGUAAGUUUUAA